AUGAAUCAUGAUGAAAUUUUACUUCCACGUGCAAAUUACAAAUAUCGAAGAACAAAAAGAGAUUCUAUAAAUGAAGAAAAUAUGAACAGAAAAUUUAACACUGAACGAUGUCGAAAGUUGUUUAAAGAUAUGAUGUCUCGAUAUAGUGAUAUGUCAUCUGAUGAUGAAAUAGUCGAUUCGACAUAUCAUCAUUCACGAAAGGCUCAAAUAUAUACAGAUCAAAAUUUAAUUUCUUCACGAAGAAAUCGAUUAUAUCAUCCUCCGCUUGAUGUUUAUCGAGCAUGUGAAGUAAUGAUGAUCUAUAGAAAUAAUUCAUUAUCAUCAUCUGAAAAUGAUCAAAUUGUAAUAAAACAAAAACAAAAUGAUAAUGAUCAAACAAUUAUUGUUUAUAAAGGUUAUUUGAAAAACAAUGACACAUUUUCAUUUAAAUCUCAACAUCUUGCGGAAUGUCCUUUCGAUAUAAAAUGUUAUAUCAAUGGAGUUAUCGAAGUUCAUUUAUUGACCUGUUGUGAAUAUAAAUAUCAUCAAGGAGGAUUUUAUCUUGGUCAAUCAUUUAUUAUUCAACAUGUAGAAAAAUCAAUUCCAUGUCAAAAAUGUCAACGACGUCAACAAAAAGUACAUCAAGAAAAUAUUCCAUUGAAUUCAUUUCAAAUCAACAAUGUUUUGUCUAAUCAUCGAUCUAUAAAAACUAGACAAGAGACAACAUCGGAAGAAAGAACAAGUAAUGAUGACAAACCAAAACAAGUGAAAAGUGAAAAUAAUCAUUUUCAAUUAGAUAAUGUUCAUAGAAAAUCAACUAAAACAACUGAUCAUAAUAAAAAUCAUUAUGAAAGUUCAAUUAGGAAAACUAAGAGAAUUUCAUCAUCAUCAUCGUCAUUAAUAGAAAAAAAAGAAAGUUCAUCAUCUGAACAAGAAAAUAGUCAACAACAACAUGAUAACAAAAAAUCCGAUGAAAAUGAAGAUAAUAUUGUACGUCUAUUUCAUCGAAAACUAACAACACAAACAACAAAUGAUAAUGAUAGUAGUGGAGAUUUUUUUCAAUCAUUAUUAUCUAUUCUUCAAAAUGGUUUUCGUAGAAUGGAACAACGUGAACCAUUACCAUCACGAUAUGAAGGAAAUGUAGAAGAUUUUGUUGUUAUUCUUCUUGGUAUUAAAGAUGAAUUAAAUUUUAAUUAUUCUAUUGUGAAUUUUGUUAAAAUAUUUAAUGAUAUUGAAGAAUUAAAUUCUUUUAUUGAUAAUCUUAAAUUUGAAAGAAUUAUUUUAAUUGUUAGUCAUUUAUUAGCAAAAUCUAUUGAAGAUUUAUCUCGAUUUAAUUCAAUCUAUAUUCUUUCAAAUAAUAUUAUUGAGAAAAAUGAUCAUUUUAAUAUUCGUGGAAAUUUUCUAAAUCUUAAAUCGAUCUUUGAAAAAUUAAAAGAAGAAUGUUCAAUAGAAAAUCAAUUUUUUUCAAUUCAAUUCAUAUCAAUUAAUGAAACUUCAAAUAAAUCAUUUUGUUAUUCACAAUUAUUAAAAGAAACUCUUCUCAAAAAAGAUAAUGAAAGUAAUUUAAAAAAAGAUCUUAUUGAUUUUUCUCGAUUUCACUAUAAUAAUAAUAAUCAUAUUGAACUAACUUUAAUUGAUGAAUUUGAACGAGAUUUUACAAUAGAAAAAUCAAUAUGGUGGUAUACAAGAAAUUGUUUUAUUCGAAAAAUGCUUAAUCGUGCGUUACGUACAGAAGAAAUUGAUAUUUUAUAUAAAAUGAGAUAUUUUAUACAGGCACUUAAUAAUCAAAUUAAAGAAAAUAACUUUUCAGCAAUUGUUUAUCGAAUUCAUCAUUAUUCCUGUGAUCAAUUUAAAAAAUUUCAAGAACAUAAUUCAAAUGGUUUAAUUUCAUUUGGUACUUUUCUUGAUUGUACACUUAAUGAACCUUCUUUAAUUAAAAAUAUUGAUGGAAUGGAAACAAUCGUAUUUCGAAUUAAAACAACAGUAUGCAUUGAAAUUGAACAACUUCGUUAUUUGGAUUCAAAAACAGAAGUUUUACUUCCUUUUGAUAAUGUUUAUUCUAUUGAAUCAAUCGAAGAGAACAGUAAUGAUAAUUAUCAUUGGUGGAAUAUUAAUCUAAUAAAUAUUAGUACAGAUAAUGAGCAAUUUAAAGAAUUAACAAAAGAUAUGCGAGAAGAAAUUGAAGGUCCUGUUGUAUUAAUUCAAUUAGGAAAACUUUUACUAUCAAAUAAUGAUUAUUCUCAUGUUGAUUAUUUAGCACGUUUAUUAUUUAAAGAUGAUUCAUUAAAAAAUAAUUCAACAUUAUUAGCUUCAUUGGCUGCUAUUCAUCAUCUACUUGGUUCAGUUGAUAAUCGACAAAAUAAUUAUCGAGCUGCACGUCUUCAAUUUGAACAAUCAUUAAAAAUAUUUUUAACUUUUAUUCCAGAAGAUAAUCAAAUACUUUCAGCAACAUAUAAUAAUAUAGGAAGUAUGUUUUAUCAAGAAGAUCAACAUGAACAAGCAAUUAUUUAUCAUCAAAAAGCUCUUCAAUGUCAAUUAAAAUCUUUAUCACCUGAUAUAGAAGCUAUAGCAACAUAUUCAGGAAAUAUUGGAGCUGUUUAUCUUGAUCAAGAAAAAUAUGAUCAAGCAUUAUUACAUUAUAAGCGUUCUCUUCAAAUUCUUCAACAAUCAACACCAAAUGGAGAAUCACUAUCAAUUGCAAUGAUUUAUGAUCGUAUUGCAUCUGUAUAUUGGAGAAUGGAUAAACCAGCUGAAGCACUUCCAUUUUAUCAAAAUGCACUUCAAUUAGAACUUAAAUAUCUUCCAGAAAACGAUCAUAAAAUAUCAGUUUCCUAUUUUAAUUUAUCAACCGCCUAUGCGAAAUUGAAUCGAUUAGACGAUGCGAUUGAUUGUGCUGAGAAAUCUGUUCAACAAUUAUUGAAAUCUGUACCAUCCGAUCAUCCAGAAGUCAAGGAAAAUACAGAUCAAUUAGAAGGACUGAGACGGAGAAAAUGGCUUCAGCAACUUUAUGAAUAA